AAUAGCACGGAUAACUUCAUUAAUUACUUCCCUCAUUUACUUUUAGUUAUAAUUAUAAUAUUAUGACUUGGCAUAUUUAUUAAAGAAAUAGUUAUGAUGUUUAUAUUAAAGUCGCGGGUAAUUAUGAAUCAACCCGCCAAAAAAAAAAAAGCAAAUUGAAUUUCUGUCGAUGCGUCAAAGAGCUUCUCUUAAGCUUUCCCCUUUCACACAACAUUGUCCACUUCUCUAUCACUCUCGCAAUUUCUCAGCCACUGCGCCGGCGACACUGCCCGGAAUCGAACCUCCAUCAGCUCCAACUACUCUCCUUUACAACAAUCUCCUCAAAAUAUGCUUACAAGAAUGCAAAAACCUUCACUCCCGCCACCUGUUCGACGAAAUGCCCCAAAGAACUUCACGCUCUAUAAAAGCUUGCAAAACCAUCCAUUUACAGAGCUUGCAACUUGGGUUUGCAUCACAAGGACAUUUAGGGAAUUCCAUUGUCGAUUUAUACGCCAAAUGUGGCGACAUGGUUUCGGCUGAGAAAGCUUUUUUUAAGCUUGAGAAGAAGGAUAGUAUGGCUUGGAAUUCGAUUAUAUUGAUGUAUUCGAGAUAUGGGUUGUUAGAGAAUGUUGUAGAAGCUUUUGGGUCAAUGUGGAAUUCGGGAGUGUGGGGGAAUCAGUUUAGUUAUGCUAUUGUUUUAUCUGCUUGUGGUAGGUUAGUCAAUGUUGAGUUAGGAAAGCAAGUGCAUUGUAGUGUGGUGAAAACGGGGUUUGGUUUUGAUUCUUUUACUGAAGGUUCUCUCAUUGAUAUGUAUGCAAAAUGUGGUUAUUUGAUUGAUGCUCGGAGGAUCUUUGAUGGGGCGGUGGAGCUGGAUAAUGUUUCUUGGACUGCAAUGAUUUCUGCUUAUGUUCAAGCAGGUCUACCUCAAAAAGCAAUGGAAGUUUUUGAGGAGAUGCAGGAACGAGGUUGUGUGCUGGAUCAAGUGGCAUCUGUGACUAUUAUAAAUGCAUGUGUGGGACUACGUAGGCUUGAUGCCGCUCGUCAGUUGUUUACUCGGAUGACUAGUCCAAAUGUUGUGGCAUGGAAUGUGAUGAUUUCUGGUCAUGCCAAGGGAGGGAAAGAGGUGGAAGCUAUAAAGUUUUUUGAAGACAUGAUUAAAGCUAGCGUUCGACCCACGCGUUCUACCUUAGGAAGUGUUUUGAGUGCAAUUGCAAGCAUUGCAAAUUUAUCCUUUGGCUUGCAGGUCCAUGCUUUGGCAUUGAAGCAGGGAUUAGAAUCCAAUGUGUACGUUGGGAGUUCUUUGAUUAAUAUGUAUGCCAAAUGUCAAAAGAUGGAAGCUGCAAGCGAAGUAUUUAAUAGAUUGGGAGAGAAGAAUGAGGUGUUGUGGAAUGCAUUGCUUGCAGGUUAUGCACAAAAUGGCAGUGCUUGUAAAGUUGUCAAGUUAUUCAGGAAUAUGAGGCUUUCCAGUUUUGAAACCGAUGAGUAUACUUGCACUAGCAUACUGAGUGCAUGUGCUUGUUUGGAGGAUAUGGAAAUGGGGCGGCAACUCCAUUCUAUUAUCAUUAAGAAUAAAUUUGCAUCUAAUUUAUUUGUUGGGAAUGCAUUAAUAGACAUGUAUGCCAAAUGUGGGGCUCUAGGUGAGGCCAGGCAGCAGUUUGAGAAAAUGCUAAUUAGAGACCAUAUAUCCUGGAAUGCAAUAAUAGUUGGAUAUGUUCAGGAUGAAGAAGAAGAAGAGGCUUUUAUCAUGUUCCGAAAAAUGAUAUUGGAGCUUAGUCCUGAUGAGGCAUGUUUGGCUAGCAUACUCAGUGCCUGUGCUAACAUACAAGAUCUUAAUAAAGGGAAACAAGUUCAUUCCCUGCUGGUUAAGUAUGGUCUAGAAAGUGGCCUUUUUGCUGGAAGCUCCCUUGUUGACAUGUAUUGCAAGUGUGGUAAAGUUAAUUCUGCCAGUGAGGUUUUCUUUUGUAUUCCUGAUAAAAGUGUGGUGUCUACUAAUGCUUUAAUUUCUGGUUAUGCUCAGACAAACAUUAAUUAUGCGGUGCAUUUAUUCCAGAAUAUGCUUGUUGAGGGACUAAGGCCUUCAGAGGUGACAUUUGCUAGCAUUCUAGAUGCAUGUAGUGACCAGACUUACAUGCUUGGGAGGCAACUGCACUCUUUCAUUUCAAAGCUUGGGUUUUCAUACGAUGAUGAAUUCUUGGCGAUCUCUUUAAUAGGCAUGUAUUAUAACUCAAGAAGAUUAGAAGAUGCAAGCUUGCUCUUCUCAGAGUUUACCAAACUAAAGAGCCCACUUCUGUGGACUGCUAUGAUAUCCGGCAAUAUUCAAAAUGACUACUGUGAGGAAGCUUUGCUUGGUUAUCAGGAAAUGCGCAAGUUUAAUGUCAUGCCAGAUCAGGCAACUUUUGCUAGUGCCCUAAAAGCGUGUUCGACCUUGGCUUCUGUGCAAGAUGGCAGAAAAAUUCACUCUCUGAUUUUCCAUACUGGUUUUGACACAGAUGAAUUGACCAGUAGCGCCCUAAUAGAUAUGUAUGCUAAAUGUGGGGAUGUUAAAUGUUCAGUGCAAAUGUUUAGUGAAAUGGCUAGCAAGAAAGACGUUAUCUCAUGGAACUCUAUGAUAGUUGGCUUUGCAAAAAAUGGUUUUGCGGAAGAUGCACUGAAAGUCUUUGAAGAAAUGAAGAGAGCAUCUGUAAAGCCUGAUGCUAUCACGUUCCUUGGUGUUCUGACUGCUUGUAGCCAUGCAGGAAUGGUAUCUGAAGGUCGUCAAAUCUUCAAGGAUAUGACUAACCUCUAUGAUGUUCGGCCACGCGCGGAUCACUGUGCAUGUAUGGUUGAUCUGCUUGGUCGUUGGGGAAAUCUCAACGAGGCAGAGGAAUUUAUUGAAAGAUUAGAUUUUGAACCAGAUGCUAUGAUAUGGUCUGCUUACCUUGGUGCUUGCAAAAUACACGGGGAUGAUAAUAGGGGACAGAAGACUGCUGAAAAGCUUAUUGAGUUGGAACCUCAAAAUUCUUCUUCAUACAUACUGCUAUCUAAUAUAUAUGCUGCAUCAGGCAAUUGGAGUGGAGUCAACUUCUUAAGGAAUGAAAUGAAAGAGAAAGGAGUGAGGAAGCCCCCUGGCUGCAGUUGGAUUAUAGCGGGGAAGAAAACAAAUAUGUUUAUUGCAGGAGAUAAAUUUCAUCCUAGUGCUGGUGAAAUUCAUGCACUUUUGAAAGAUUUGACGGCAUUAAUGAAAGAUGAAGGCUAUUUUGCUGAUAUAGGAUUUGUAAUGGAUGGUAGCAUGAACAAAGCAAACCCCAGACUUGCCUGGGCUAAUACUGCAGUACGAUAAUGUGAAUAAAUGGCUACAGUGGUGGGGGUGCAAGAUGUAGAUUAGGCAUAGAAGAAACGAGAGUAGUGAUGUGCUUUGGCAAA